AUGUCGAAGCUGCUACCCCCCAACCCACCCACGGUGGAGGGCAAGCCGCUCUUCAUCGCCCCCAACGGACCCAAGCCCAACCGUCGAGUGAUGAUCGCCAACCGUGGCGAGAUUGCGCUGCGUAUCGUGCGCACCUGCCAACAGAUGAACGUCGAGACCGUUGUCGUGUACACCGAAGUCGACGCCUCGGCCGAGUUCGUAGCCCACGCUACCGUCGCCGUCAACGUCGGCGCCAUGACCACCGACGACAACCCGUACCUCAACAUCACCAAGCUCAUCGACGUGGCGCUCCAACACCGGUGCGAUGCGCUUCACCCGGGCUAUGGCUACCUCUCGGAGAACGCCGACUUUGCCGACGCCGUCGCAGCUACAGGCAGCAUCACAUUCCUCGGUCCACGAGGCGACGUGAUGCGGUCUAUCGGCGAAAAGAGUCGAUCCAAGCAGCUGCUGCACGAAAAGCUCGGUGCGGACGCGCAUCUGGUACCCGGAUACCACGGAACCGACGAGAUCGAUCUCGAGACCGCACAGAACAUCGGCUAUCCACUCAUGAUCAAGGCUUCCUCGGGAGGUGGUGGGCGUGGUAUGCGUAUCGUGCGUUCGCCGGACCAGCUGGCGCCGGAGAUCGCACGUGCGCGCUCUGAGGCGCUGCGCAACUUUGGCUCCGCAGAGCUGCUCUUCGAACGCUACAUCGAAGGCGGCAAGCAUAUCGAGGUGCAGAUCUUUGGCGACAACCAUGGAAACGUCUAUGCGCUCGGCGAACGCGACUGCUCCGUUCAACGUCGUCAUCAGAAGAUCAUCGAAGAGUCACCGUCGACUGACUGCGAGGCGGACGCGGAGCUGCGCAAACGCAUCCAUCAGUCGGCCAUCACCAUCGGCUCGCUGCUUUCUUACCAGGGCGCCGGAACGGUCGAGUACAUCUACGACACAAAGACCAAGGAGUUCUUCUUUUUGGAGGUCAACACGCGUCUGCAGGUCGAGCAUCCUGUGACCGAGAUGUGCAGCGGGCUGGAUCUGGUCAGCUUGGGUGUCUAUGUGGGCGGCGACGGCGAUCUGUCCAAGCUGGAGCCUGUGGCGAAGCUCAAGCCGUUUGGACACUCGAUCGAAUGUCGUGUUUGUGCAGAGGAGCCUGGUGCCGACUUUACACCGCGCACAGGCGUGGUGAGGAUGCUCGAGGUGCUCUGUCUGGGCCAACCAGGCGUUCGCUUCGACACGAGCAUCCGUGUGGGCACCACCGUAUCCAUCUUCUUUGACGCAAUGCUGGGCAAGCUGAUCGUGCACGCCGCCACACGCGCCGCCGCGAUCGAAAAGAUGCUACAGGUGCUGCAGACGUCCGUCGUCAUCGGUCUGCCCACCAACACGACGUUUAUGAGCUCGUGCCUGCGCCACCCUAGCUUUGUCGAUGGCAGCUACAACACGUCGCUCAUCCCCAACAACCUCGAGUGGCUGCUUGACCUGCCUGUACAGCUGGCGCCCUCGGCGCUCUCGACCGGUCCCAAGCAGGGUGCUUUGCCGCUAGCGACGAUCGUGCCUGCAUUCCACCUGUUCAAGGAACUGCGCGGCAAGCUGUACCCAUCGCGAAGUGGGUUGCCUGCCAACUUCGACUUGGUCAACGGCUGCGACCGCAGCGUGUCCAAGACGGAAAACUUUGUCGUGUCGCUGCCGGACGGCGGGCAGCAGUGGGAUGUGAUGGUCGAGUACGACGGCAGCCACGGCGAGUACGAGCUCAAAAUGUGGAUCAAUGAAUCAAGUCAGGCGGCGCAGGCGGCCGAGGAGCGCAUCAAGGACAAGCUCGGCAGCAAGGCCAAACCCAAGGUGCUAGCGGCGCAGCUCAAAGCGGCACGCGCCUCGACCAAGUUCUACGGCUCGCUGCCCACGCGCAACGGCCUCGAAGGUCGCGCGCAAGGCGAGUGGCAGCUCGGCGUGCAGUCUUCGGAGGUGCACUGCCUUCGUUCGAAGCUGCUCACCUCGUCGCAGGUGCAGCUCUCAUCUCUGCCCGCCACCACCCGCUCGCAUCUGGCGACAGGGCGUGCGCGAUGGGCUACAGCCACUCUGGCGCUCGAAAUCGACGGCAUCACCUCCACCCACAUUUUGGCUACCGACCAUUCCUUUCAAGAUCACGAGAAUGGUGCACAGACAGCGUGGGUGUGGUCGUCGCAGCUGUGUGGACCGAUCAAAGUGGUGCGGCACGGCAUGCGCACCUAUGCGCUGGCCAACCAGUCUUUGGACGAUUCGGCGGCAAGCAAGUCGGCCUACGUCACACCUAUGCCUGCCAAGAUCCUCAAGAUUCUCGUCGAGAAUCAAGCUACCGUCGAGCCAGGACAAGCGCUGCUGAUCUGCGAGUCGAUGAAGAUCGAGACUACAAUUCGAGCCCAGGUGGCAGGAAAGCUGCAGCUGCACGUGCAGAACGGCGACACUGUGCCGGAGGGCAAAUUGCUGUGCCAGGUUGGAGGCGGUGAGGAGCAGCAACAGCAGCAGCAGUGA